UUGUAUUUGAAAAGUAGGCUGUACAAGUCAUGGAGAAUUUCACUGCUAUUCUUGAAAGUAUAGGUUCCCAAAACGAAGCAGCUGCUGUGAAAACACUUCAACAAUUUUGUUCUACAAACGAAAAGACUUUCAGCUUCUUCCAUGUGGACUUAAGUCUUAGAAAGAAAUUGAUUGAUGCGAUCCUCGAUGAUUUGUCCACGAAAGACCGUGGGGUUACCUUCAAAAUACACGGUCUCCGUGCUUUGAGGAUUCUAAGCCGUGAUAAAGACGGUCUGGGAUCGCUUACUUCUGAUAAGUCGUCAUUAGUUCUACUUUCACUGGCAGAACUUAUGAUAGAAGUGUCCAAAGCCGCGCAAAGUCUUCCUAAAAAAGAACCAGAACAGCGAACAAGACAUGAAGACCAGCAGGAAAAUAGAGAGAACACUUGUGAGAGAGUUAUCGCAUACAGCGAUGUAGUUAUUGAAGCGCUCAAAUGUUUAUGUAAUGUAGUCUAUCACAGCCAAGCAGCUCGUCGACUCUGUUUAAAGUACAAAUGCAUCGAAGCAAUCAUUGCAAGGAUAAAAAUAUGGUUUGAGAUCAGCCGCUUGGCUACCGAUGUGAAAUACUUUGAUCUCAGAUUUCUUUUCCUUCUUACUGCUCUUGAAAACGCUGCGCGAGUGGACGUUAUUUCUAACAAUGGCUUUUGUGUCUUGACUCAUGCUUUGGAUAGCUGUAUUCCAGGGAAAGAUCAGAGAAAAGUCUGUCAUGAAACCAAAGUUAGAGAAGGUUGUGGACAGUUGACAGGAGCAAGGCUCCAGGCGCUGACUGUUGUGGAAAGGUCCAGGAUUGAGGAAAGUCCAGUAACUUACACCAUGUCACAGGAUGAGAUUCGUAUGUCUGCUGAAAUCCUGAAAACAAUGUUUAACAUCACAAUAAAUCUACCUGAUGCUGAUACCACUGACACACUUGAACACUGCGAAAGGAUAGUGUUUAUUGUACGAACCAUGUUUGCACACAUCAAUCCAUUGUCUGAACAGCCAGAGAACCUUCCAAAUCAUGCAAUUAACAUCCUAUCCAACAUGCCAACUAAUUGUCUCCAACACUUAAUGUGGACAAUGCCGUCCAGUGUUUGUAAAGCACUUACCCAAGAUUUUGAGACAAGACGGUCAUUGAAGACGUUUAGGAUAUAUUUUGAGAAAUAUAAUAUGCUGACAGUUCAGACUAUGUUGACAAUCCUGGAUGGUCGUCUUAAAGUUGCCAGUCAGCCACCACAGGAAGAAAUUGUCCCAUUUCUUAGUGCCUUUUGUCAAAUGGCACGUGGAAACAGAGUGAUAAGGAAGUAUCUACGACAAGAAGUGCUGCCACCCUUGGGAAGGGUGGGUACCACUCGCCCAGAAGAAGGAAACUUAAUAAGGAAUGGCCUGGUCAGGCUUAUGACAUCGCCAGUUGGAGAUAUUAAGGAGCUGGUGGCAGAUUUUCUAUUUGUUCUCUGUAAGGAGAAUGUCAAUCGGCUCAUUAAAUACACUGGUUAUGGCAAUGCAGCAGGGCUGCUGGCUUCACGUGGACUUAUGGGUGGUGUUCAGCCACAGAGUAUUGGAGAUUACUCUUCAGAUGACGAUGAUUCUGAGACUGAAGAAUAUUCCAUGGAUAAGGCACAGAUUGAUCCCAUGAUAGGUGCUAUUCCAAAGGAUGAUGGGAAGUCUAAUCCGCUGGAUGAAAUGACUGAGCAAGAGAAGGAGGAAGAAGCUGAGAAAUUGGCUGGUCUGAUCCAGGACCUCAAUAGGAAGGGUUUGAUCAGGACAGCUCAGGUGGGACCUGAUGGCAGGCCUCAAGAAUUUCAAGGGGCACAAGCUCUGGGUGAAGAAGAGGCCGCAGAACAAGAGGAUGAAUUCACUGGAGAUUCUGAGUCAAUCAGUAACGGAAACGUAGACGAAAGAAAGUUAUCAUAGAAUGAAGGGAACUCUGGCAUUCUUCGACAAAAAUUAAUAGUAGAUUAUUCUUAGAGGAUUGUAAGAUCUUCAUAAUAGGUUUAAUUUGUGAUACAAAGUGUAAAAUAUGUUCUGAUUGCUACUAUAAAAUUAGUGUUCUUUCAUGUUGAUAGCAAUUAGGUCAAACCAGGCAGUCCUUUGUGUUAAGCUUUUUUUUUUUUCUCUCUUUUG